AUUGCAUGGCAGUGUGUGCGGAAUAACGUUAUUUAAAGAUGUUACGUGAAGAUCUGGAAAUAGCACUAAUGCCAGCAGGCUGUGCAAUAGCUUUUCCUAAAAGAUAUGAAAGGCACAACAAAGUUUUGGAGAACGAACACAAUUCAGAUAUUACACUAGGUAUCGAUGCACUACAAGCCUGCUCUUCAGGUUGGGAUGUCGCUCUCAACGGACUGCCUAAGAGUAAGGUAAGCACUGAGCCAGAAUCUCUUCCGUCAUUGCGGUGUAGAAAACGUAACAAAAGGCCCAGUUUAGUACUGGAGAAUGGUGACGAGGAUCCAUAUAAGAAAAAGAAAUAUGAUGAUUCUGUCACUUCUGUGGAAUUUAAUCAGGACUCCCGGGUAUUCAGAAACAGCGGAAUGAAAAAGAUUAAGAAAAAUAAACUGGCAAAACAUGAUGAAAUGGGUGACUUCAUCAUGGGUACUGCCAGGGAAAAAGGGACAUUGAAGCGAAAGGCAGAAAAAUGUAGCCCACAUGAAGAACUCAUGGACAAGGCUGAUGUUCAAAAUGAUGAUAAGAAAGUCAACAGUCCAUCUAAAAAGCGUCGCUUAAGGAGGUCCAGAAAGAAUAAAGAGAAGAAAUCCCGUAAGGAAAGAUCCUUGGAAGAUGAGUUGAUGUCUGAGUUGAAAAACUUUCACAUCGGAUCAAAUCCAAACGUUUUAUCUGAGGCACUCCCGGCUGCUCCAAAAAAUCUAAAGCGAAAGCACACAGAUGUGAAUAAGAACACUUUUAACUUAAAAAAGCUGGUUAAGUGGACAAAGAGGCGCUGGAACAAGGAUCAGAAGGGCGCAACGCUAGCUAGCAGCCUGGACUCCUCGGUUGAGGUCCACAACAUGCCAGCGAUCAUGAGUUCAGUGUUCCAGGAGCUGCUUUUCAAAGUAUUUGAGAAGUACGGGCAGAUCACACGCAUUGGGCCUGCUAAAAUUCACCACUCUACGGAAAGCGACUGCACCUUCAGCACCACCAUCUACUUUGAGAUGGAAUCUGCGGCUAUUAAGGCUCUCCAAGAAGACCACACGCUUUUCGGCGGCUCCGAGAUCCGAGUGCUCCGCCCUCCCACCGCCGGCUGUUGCAACGACGUGCCCGUGAAUUACCACCAGUUCUGUGUCCCAGAGCCAGAGUGCCGCGGCAGUACGGCGACUCAGACGAUUGUCGGGCAGGGCGGGCCGCCGGCCACGCAGUGCGCUGGGGCCGAGUCCGAGUUGCCCGCGAUCGCCGAAGUCAACUGCGAACCUUCACCGGUCAGUAAGUUACGAAAAAGAAACAUAACAGCUGGAAAACCUUGAAUCCAACGCACCUCCAGGUUUUUAAUUUAAUAUUUAAGUAUCCGUAAGAUGUGUGCCAUUUUGCUUAGGGUCGUCUUUGGUGUUAGGAAUACCGAUGUCGAAUUUUUUAUUUUCCUUCGUGUUGUAGUUGUUAGAAAAAUGAUUAGGUUUAAAGGGAUUUUCAAUGCCAGACUCAUUCAAGACGAUUCUUAGGCUUUAGUUUUUUACCUACCUCAUUAAUUUUAAGUGUGUAGUAAUUUUGUGAGUGUAUGCAUUGAUGUGUACGCAUAUUAACUGAGAUCAUAAUGCUAUCUCCUUAACCCUUGUUAAGACCAACCAAGAGUGAAAGAGAUGGCAUUAUGACCUGAUCGGCCAGAUAGUUUUGCAGAUAGUAUAGGCAACCUAUUUGCAACGUGUCAAUGUGAAAAUUAUCUAUCAUUUAUUUCUUAUCACAAAUAAAUAAGUAACCGAUGAGGGUAGUUACUCUUUAUAACUUAUCUUAGAACAUUUUUAAAUUAUACACGUUGUAACACGUGGAACCCGAAAGAUAUUAACAUGGUAUUAAGUAACGACUAACUUACAUCUAUUUUUUCUAGAAUUUUCUUAGUUUCAGAGUCCAAUUAAAAACAUCUUUUUAUUGUUACUUAGUGCAAAAUGCCGGUUGUAGAUGCAAUUAUGGGGCGUAGUCUAAAUAACCUUAGUGAUAGAUGUCAAAAAGUAACAAGUUACACUUGCAAAAACUAGGUUUUACGAAAAAAGAAAUAAAACUUCAUUUUAAGUGUCAAUUUUACCAAUAACAUUAACUUUUUAUAUACAAAUAUAUUCAAUAAAUUGAAAUAAAACAUUUUUUAAGCGUUUUACACUUACUAUUAUUUUAUUCCUAUGGCCUCAGAAAUGCGUGGUUAAAUUAUUUCGGGUUUCUCGUGUUACACCAUGUAUGUAUGUGCAUUUAAUAGAGCAUGGAAAGGGAUUAUUACUGGACUGUAAUAAUAAUAUGUAUAUGUUUACGUUUAUUUUUGUUAUUACGCAUGAUACACAUUAAUAAUAAAAAUGUUAUGCACCGUUGGAUUUAAGGGUAAUGGAAACUAGAGAAUAAAAGAUUGAAAAUGUGAUGUGAUGCUAGUUAUGAUGAGAUGCAAAUGAACAAUAAUGAGGUUCUAUAAACCAAUGUGACGUUCCACGGGAAAAGGUACCUUAUUGCGGUCGGCGCUAAGCUGUCAUUCACGACGCUCAUUUACUGCGUAUAAGUAAUGUAAGUAUUGGAGCCUUUACUCGUGGGACGUCACAAAUGUCUAUGGUAGGUUCUAUUGAUAUUGUAUUAAAUGUUAAUUGUAUUAAUGUAAGUAUAUCGUAUGGGUGUUCUCUGUGCCAUAUUCUGAUCUUAACGAUCUAUAGAUGUUGUGUGGUGUGAAUUUUUUGAGAUGAUUUUUGCUGCUUUGUAUUAUUUGGAACGGAAAACGUUUAAAAAGCAAUUCUAUCAUCAUAUUUAUAUGGUUCAAAUUCAUGUAAUAGCUUAUUCCUUACCAGAGCCCGUACAUUUCAUGCCGUUGACAGAAAAAUGACGUCACGCCACAUAGAGUAUGAUUCCAAUUAGUAUUUUCGUAAUAAUUAAUCAUUUGUCAACCUCUUUAGGUAACUGAUACAUAUACUUGACAAUCAGUAUAGAAACGUCUAACUGACUUUCAUUUUAUUGUCACACAAAUAAAUAAUAGAUUAUUAAUUUAUGAAAUAAUUCAUAUUUUAAGUUUUUAACAGCGUAACAAGCUUUUAUUCCCCUUCGGCCGCGUACGCAACCAGAGCUUCGUAACCAGAUGCGAUCGAAAACUAUUUCUGCCUUGUACGAAACCGGUUGCGAUCAAAAACUAAUUUCGUCUUACCCGUAACCAGUUACGAUCGAACACUUCUCGUUCUUAUACGAAACCAAUGUCUGGGCCAUCUAGCUAUAGGUUUCUUUUUCAAAUAUUUUGUCAUGAUACUCAUGAUAAUUUCUUAUCCUGAAUAUCAGUGCUCCAUGUCUCUUAAGCCAGUGUCUUUUAAGGAACAAUGUUACAUUGUAUUUGCCAACAAAGUAUUUGAAUAUUAUCAACUGGUACAUUUUUGUUCUGAUUUUUGACUGAUGAUAUAACGUGUACAGUACUUAUACUGUAUAACAAGGUGUAUAAAUAUAAUCUUAGCUGACUUUAUCAACGGUCGAAAGGUUUCGUACAACAAAGAAAAGUUUUCGAUCGUAACUGAUAACUAGUAAGACGGAAUUAGUUUUUGAUCGCAACCGGUUUCGUACAAAGCAGAAAUAGUUUUCGAUCGCAUCUGGUUACGAAGCUCUGGUUGCGUACGCGGCCGAAGGGUUUUAUUCACGUAACAAGUAUUUAUUAUGAUACCCAUCAAUAAUUAAGUUAUCUAAAUUUGUAGUAACUCCCUGUAUGUUAAAUCACGUCAUUUUUGCGUCAACGGCAUGAAAAGUACGGGCCCCGUUCCUGACAUACCAGCGACAGGCAACCGAUCGUCCUACAUUACCAAACUCGUUAUCUCAAAAUGAGCUGUUACACAAAUUUGAACUAUUAGACUAUCACGAUAGAUUCUUUUUAAACGGCAUUCUUGCUGCACGCACCGAAGACGGCUCUGCAUAAGAGAAACAAAGCCUUUGUUUAACACAUUAGGGCCCGAGCCGGAGAAAUCAUCUCAGAAAAUUCAUACUAUAAUUGGGCCUUUUUAUUUGAAGUGGUACACUACACUAUCUUUGAGAUUUUUAUUUCCACUCCGUUACCAUUUUUCAUAGAUUUUGUAUGACGGUAACGGAAUGGACGAAAUGACAAAAGGUAUGGAAAAUUUGUGACACUUAUUUUCUCCUAUUACGAUCGAAAAACCUGUUGAUUCUGAGUAGUAGUAACGUCAAAAUAAAAUGGCCUAUUUUCAAAUUUUCGUACAAAUACUGGUCUCAAACUAUUAGUUUUUUGUGCAAGUUUGAAAAAACGGAAUAGCAAGAACUUGCGUACAAUUUACGAUACAAUACCGACUACUAAGGUAAAUUGCAUUCAAAAGUUAGAUCCGAUACCGCAAUGUAAUGAAAAUUGCAUGCAAGUUCUUGCUAAUCUAAACCUCGCUUUACAACAGAGACUUCCUUUAUAUCAAUCAAUGAUUAAAUAUGGCGGAAUGACGUCCGUAGACUGUGAACGAACAUUUCCGACUCAUAAAUGGGUCCUAAAUUAUGGUUAUGUUUUCAAAAUGUCCGUAUAAUUAUUAUUUUAUUUAUUUAAGUGUAUGGGAAUCUAAAUUACUAAGUUUAAGUAUAAAAUUUUGGAAAUCACUAUCCCCCUUAUUCAUGAACGUGUACUAAAGUUACGAUGCCGCUGAUCAUCGUUGGUCCCUUUCCGACGUAUUGGUAUGAUGGAAAGGGACAAACGAUUAACAGCGGCAUCGUUACUUUAGUAUACGUUUACGAAUAAGGGGGUAUAUGUCUACGUUUAAGACUUGGUCCAAAGGGAACAGGGUUCUAAAUUCAAUAUAUACUACUGUUGAUGUAUUCUCCCUAGAUUAUAAUCAAUUAUUCGAAAUAUCAAGACUAUGUUAUAUUAUAUGGUAACUGGUUCUAUAGCUACGUAGUAGACAGUUAAGAUUGUCUUAAAUUUAUACAAAAAAAAAACUUAUUUACCAGGUUAUUAUUUAGUAACAAUUGAAGUCUGAUUAUAUUACAAAGCCGUGUACCAGGGUUUGACUACAGGUUUUUUAUUAUUUUAUUUUGCCAGAAUGAUAAUUUAUACCCUGGCAAACCCACUUUGUCAGUAGAAAAAGGUGCAAUAAUUCAAAUUGUCUAUGGGAGAACAACCAUUCCCGCCUACAUUUUUAAUCAUUUCAAAUCAUUCAUUUUUAGUUCAAAGUCUGAACAUCGGCUAAGUUUAAGCUUAAGUUCCUACAUUCUCAAUAGUCAAUUGUUUAUUACUCUUUAUACAUGUUUAGCACGUUUGCAAAUGGUGAAGAGCACAUGAAACGGACGACGAAAGAUCGAAUUUACGUAUUUUACGCAAAGCGAACAAAUUGGUGCAAUGGAAAUGUAUCCUUCCUCGUCUGUGAUUAACUUUAUAUAUGUCUACAAAUAACCAAAAAUAUAGAAACUAUAUGUGAUAAUUAUGAUUGAAUUAAGACAUUAGCUUUAAACAAGUAGCUAUUAUCUAUAGGGUCAAGGCGGGAAUAUUGGCUCAAUGCAAACAGUGGCUCAGUCGCCCAAAUAUCGCCAUACACUGUCAUAGCACCCUUACGUGUUGGAAUAACCAUUGUUCAUCCAUCUGAAUUUGUUCGAGUACUGAAAUUUUCUACUGUGGGAAGCAAAUGGGUGAAUCAACUUUUUUUGUUUUGUUAUCCUGUCCCGUUGUCCAAGGGACAACAGUGGCCCAUUAUUUAUAGUCUUAAAGACGAAUACGGGACUUAAUCGCGUAAACUUACGUUUAUUAUAUGGUCUGACGUUUCGAACGUGACGUUACGCUCGUGGUCACAGGCAGACUGGCGAGGAAUUCUAUCAACAUCUUGCUGCGCGGGUUUUGCGAACUACCCGCACUUGAUCUUAUUAAGUCCGGUAUUCGUUUUAAAACUAUGAACGAAAAUCGUGUUUAAAUCGAUAUAUAGCAAAUAGUCUGUCUCAUGUUGAAAUUAGGUUGAGUGAGCCACUGUACCUAUUUUUUCUGAGUCACUGUACCCUCCUUGACCCUACUUUAGUGAGAUGCUACGUCGUAUUUGAUAAUUAGUCUGGCUAACUUACUGGCUCUAGAAAAAACGUAAGAAUUAAAAAAAAAACGUGUGAAAGUUUACAUUCUAUUUUAUUAAUUUUUCGCCUUUUCUUAGUGGCAAAUGAUGGCCAGACUAGCAUCUCACAUCCAUCGAGCUUGCCAAAAUUAUUUGCCAUACUAUUAUUAUUAUAAUUAUGGAUGUUAACAUAAGACUUAAGAUGUGUAGUAC